AUGAGGCGAGUGCCGAUCUCCGAGGUUGGGAGAUAUCUUCUCCGUGGGAGCAUCUCAAAGCGAGGCUGUUUGGUGGGACGUCAUACUCUUGGACACGGCGCCGUGGCUUUGCGAUCGCCAACCCCCUUGUCUGGGCACUUUCGAGCCGCAUCAACAAUUGAAAAACCGACCGCAUCUUCGAAUGAAAGCGUUGUUCCCUUUCGCAAGCAGCUAAAGGAAGAGGCAAAGCUUGCCAAGAAGCAGGGCAAGAAGAAGUCAAAAGGCGAUUAUCAGACUGUGGAUGGCUGGGAAUUGACUGUGGGCAUUGAAAUUCAUGCACAGCUCAACACCGCCCGGAAGCUCUUUUCCCCUGCAACCACGUCGUUCAACGACGAGCCCAACAGUCACGUGGCCCUUUUUGAUGUCUCUAUGCCUGGAAGUCAGCCGCUGAUACAAAGGGAGACACUGCUUCCGGCGCUACGGGCUGCCUUGGCUCUCAACUGCGAGAUCCAAUCUGUAAGUCGCUUUGACAGGAAGCAUUACUUCUGGUGGGACCAGCCGGCUGGAUAUCAAAUAACCCAAUACUACGAGCCUUUUGCUAAGAAUGGUCAUAUCACACUCUAUGCUCGGGACGGCAUUGCUGCUGAAGAUGGUGAAAGUGUCACCGUUGGUAUUAAACAAGUGCAGCUUGAGCAGGAUACCGCCAAAACGUUGACACAAACCGGCAAUGUGCAUUGGCUAGAUUUCAACCGAGUUGGUGUGCCUCUGGUCGAGAUCAUUACUGAGCCCGACAUGCAUCAUCCUCGAACGGCUGCCGCUCUGGUUCGCAAAAUCCAGCUUUUACUCAACACUGUCGACACUUGUGUUUCAGGAAUGGAAACUGGCGGUCUCAGAGCGGACGUGAACGUGUCGGUCCGCAAAGCUGACGACCCUUCUUGCAAACUGGGCACACGGACAGAAAUCAAGAACCUCGGUACCAUAAAAGCUGUCGAGGACGCCAUUAUCGCCGAAAGAGAUCGCCAAAUUCAAGAGCUAGAAGCCGGCAGGAGCAUAGCUGGCGAGACCCGAGGAUGGUCACUUGGAUCGAAAGAGACCCGGAGGUUACGAGGGAAGGAAGGCGAAGUCGACUAUCGUUACAUGCCUGAUCCUGAUAUCGCGCCGCUUGUGAUAGGAAAUGAUCUGGUGGAGCAUCUUCGAACUUCGUUGGCCGUGUUGCCAGACGCGGAGCUGGAUACGUUAAUAAAUGAUUUUGGAUUGACCGCCAAGGAUGCUCUAUCGCUGAUCAUUCUGGAUAAUGGAGCUAGGGUUCAAUAUUUUUACAAAGUGUUGGAUGGCAUUGACCGAAAGAUGCAAGUCGAACUGGCAGACAAGACAAGACCGGAUUUGAAGAGCUACGCAACUCUUGCUGCAAAUUGGGUCACACACGAACUGGGCCGGCUGACAACGUACAAAGCCGGGCCAUUGGCCUCGGCCGAGCUACUCUUCACAGCGGACGGUGAAUGCGCGCAAGUUCCUGCUGCUGAUUUGUCCCAACUCCUUUAUCAUCUAUGUCUAAAGCAAAUUACGGGCAAGGUCGCCAAAGAACUCCUUUUGUCUAUUUAUCUCGAAGAACUGCAAGGUAGUGUAGAGGAGGCCAUCGAGGCAAACGGCUUAUGGUUCAGGGAGAUUUCGGAGACUGAGUAUCGACAGUUGGCAAAAGAGGCUGUGGAAGGAGAGGACAAGGUCUUGCAGGAAUUUAUUGGUUAUAAGAAGUUUCCGCAAGGAAAGUUGAUGUAUCUUGUUGGAAAGAUGAUGAAGAUGGGCCCCACGGAGCGGAUCAAUGCCGCGACUGCUGAGGCCGCUAUGAGGGCGCAGAUUGAAGCCUCACAAGGCCGAGGUUGA